AUGUCCCGUGUGAAAACGUAUAAAUACCCCUGCUUUUACGCUCGUUAGUCGUCCAUCUGUCCUUUGGGAGACGUACGAUCAGCCACGAUCCACGUUCGUCACUGCCAAAAGAUGCGUUUGUUCCUCACUUUGAUACUACUGUCUUUGACGCUGUUGGCUGCAAUAGAUGCCUACACCAGCCCGCGGUUCAUCUUAAGACAUAGGUCUAGUAGGUUGUGCUAUGACUAUGUAGAUUGGUGGAGCUGGGGUCAUCACUAUGAGAAAUUCCGGGCAGACAACUGCAAAAAUGCAGAUGAGCUUGAAUGGCAGCAAGUCGAGGGACACUACGGCUAUCUGAAAGUGGUUGGUUCGGGGGGCCACUGCCUGAACCCCUUCGGCGGUUGGGCCAAGCCUGGCGAUAACACUGCAGUUUUCCCGCAUAAGAAUUGUUAUUCUUCAGCUCUCUUCACAAUCGAUGAGGAGAACGGCUACAUCAGACAUGCUGGGGGAAGUUAUGUCCAUCCGUAUCCCUUCAACACCGAAAAACCGAAAUGGCAGUCGGACCUGAUUAUACACAAAGGUACAAACUACAACAAUAAGUUUGAUUUUGUGCAGAAAAAUAACAAUAACGCCAAGGUUACGAUCGUUCCACAGCCCAAAGUUUCCGGAUCUUGGAAAAAAAUCACCUGCUGGGCGAACGUACACAAGGGUCAGCUCAAGUAUUCCGUGAAGGUCGGCACCAGUAUAUCCUCCUCCUCGACCACGACGCAUGCGUGGGAAGUAUCGUUUUCCGCUGCCUUCUCAUUCAUUUCAGUCAGCGCCAAGUACAGCGGUUCGUUCUCAUCCACUUACGAAGAACAAUGGCACACAGAAUCUACCAUAGAGAGAACAAUCAACAUUGACCAAGAUGGCGGCACCGUGUGUAUCUGGCAGUGGGUCUACACAUUUGAGCAAUUUGAGGAUACCUUCACAUUCAAAGCAUUCACUUUGCGCGAGACCCGCAGCGAAGCUGUUCCAACUGAAAUCCCCGUGGGUAAAAAAUAG